CUCGGUGUGCAAGGUGAAGGAUGUGUCGCGCGCGGUCGUGGCGUGUCAUGACUCGUAUCGGUGGAUCUAAUUACGAACUGAUUUGACAGGUAUUUGCAGGUUUUGCAAAGUUGCCAAAUCUCAGAAGCCUUUUUUUAAACACAUGCCAAUACGUAGGCGUAGACGUAGAGGCGAAGGUGUCAACACUUGCUGCAAGCCUUGAAUUUGACGUUCGGGAUGGAAAGGGCAGAUUCUUGGGGCGAGGAGGCACCGCUUCCCCACCAGCCCAUCCCAGCGCCACCAAUGUUCAGCGGAGAUUCCCCAGGAUUACCGGAUACCACUUCCGAGGAAUCUCUCUAUGGUGGAAUGCUGGAGUACCUCCGGAGGGGCGACCAGGAAGAUGAGGGAACCGUUGGGGGCGUGCCCAGGAGCCAGAGUUAUACGGAGGGUAUUGUCCAGCAGCCGCAGGAACCGCAGAUGAUGCACGCCCAUAGCCAUAACGCCCUUCUGGAAGAAUCGCCGACGCCGGAGAAGAAGGAAGGGGAGUCGAAGCACUCUUGUUUACAUACCCUCCACACCGUAGUGGCCUGUCAGCAGGAGCAGAUAGCCGUUUUGCAGGCUACCCUAAGGGACCUAGCUGUGACUUACACCCACAGGGAGAAGGCGUUACUCAGGAAACUUCACCAGCUUCAGCAUGACACCGAUCAGCAACCGGCCGGCUCUUCUCAGCAGGAACAGAAGACCACCAGUGGGGACGACUCUGCUGAAAAGGUAAGUAAAAGUAAUACAGUUCAAUCUCAAAACUUUUCAUUCCAAAUGAACGUAGGAAUAUAUAUGGGUCUUCGCCUCAGGCACGUUUAUUUAAUCUUUUUUGACGAUUUGUGAUUUUUAUUCUCAGUUUGAAACAGAGCCAACGUUGGAACUAUUUUUCGUAUAAUGGUUAUAAUUGUUGGGGAUAUUUGGGUAAGUGCAGUCUUUCCUCAUCGUCAUUUGAAAAAAAAAAAUAUUAAAUUGUUUCAAGUUGAAAUAAUUUUUCUAUGCUUGAAAGGUUUUUUAAGCUUCCGGCGUGAAAAGGGUUGAAGAUUUUCUUAACUAUUUAGGCUCUUCAGAUUCAGACUUGUCAUUUCUCAUGUAAU